AGUAUAUACUAGUAACUGGUAACUCAUACAUUUCGAAACCGUAAUCCUCCCUAAUAAAACAUGUCAACAAAAAUGGUGCACCAGCGGCAGCCGCCGCCAGGGCAUAUUGUGAUAGCAACUUUUCCGGCCCAAGGACACAUCAACCCUUCUCUCCAGUUCGCCGAGCGCCUCAUCCGCAUGGGUAUACACGUCACCCUUGCCACCACCGUCUUCGCCCACCGCUUAAUGAUCAAAGCCAACGGCGCCGGCGUUCCCCACGCCGCCGGCUUCAACAUCGCCGCUUUCUCCGACGGAUACGACCAAGGCUUCAAAAAGAACGACGACUUCAAUCACUACCUGUCCGAGCUCAGGACCCACGGUUCUGAGGCGUUGAAAGACAUCGUCUCCGCCUGCGCCGCCGACGGUUUCCCCGUGACGGCGAUCGUCCGGACGAUCAUGCUUCCGUGGGUUGCGGACGUGGCGCGUGAGGUCAACGUCCCCUCCGCCCUGCUGUGGAUUCAACCGGCCGCCGUCUUGGGCAUAUACUACUACUACUUCCACGGGUACGAGGACGCCUUCGGGAAGGAGGUGGUGGAGCUGCCGGGGUUGCCGCCGCUUUCGGGCGGCGAUCUCCCGUCGUUCUUGCUCCCUUCCGGCUCUGGUGGAAUUUACGGUUUCGCCCUCGCUGCCUUCAAAGAGGAUAUGGAGCAGCUAGACGAUGUUGACCCCAAUGAUGCGACGGUUCUGGUCAACACUUUCGACGCCUUAGAGGCACAAACACUAAAGGCAGCUGUUAACAUCAGGUACAAUUUGCUCGGUAUUGGGCCAUUGAUCCCUCAAUACAAAAAUGACCCCUCAAACACCUCAUUUCGUGGGGACCUAUUCAAGAACGUUGAAAAUGACAAUAUAAAAAAUUGGUUAGAUUCUCAGCCUGAGUCAUCUUUGGUGUACAUAUCAUUCGGGAGUUUCUUGAAUCCUUGCAAAUCCCAAAAAGAAGAGAUAUCCAAAGCACUAUUGGAGAUUAAACGGCCUUUCUUGUGGGUUAUUAGACAUAAAUUGGAAAAUGAAAUGGAAGAAAGGACAGAAGACCAGGAAGAAGAGUUUAGUAAUAGGGAGGAGUUGGAAAAACAAGGGAAGAUAUUGGGUUGGUGCUCUCAAAUGGAGGUGCUGAGCCACCCGUCUCUGGGUUGCUUCAUCACCCACUGCGGUUGGAACUCGACGCUCGAGAGCAUAUGCAGCGGUGUGCCCGUGGUGGCGUUCCCUCAUUGGGCCGACCAAGGGACCAAUGCAAAACUUAUUCAAGAUGUGUGGAAGACGGGCGUGCGUGUGGCGGCGAAGGCGAAGAAUGAUGCCGGUGUUGAAGUUGUUGGGAGUGAUGAGAUAAAGAGGUGUAUAGAAAUCGUGUUGGGUAAAGGAGGUGAAGGAGAUGAAUUGAGAAGAAAUGCUAAAAAAUGGAGGGAUUUGGCUAUGGAGGCGAGCAAGGAAGGUGGUUCUUCCGGCAUGAAUCUCAAAACAUUUGCUGCAAAAGUUGCAACUCAGUACUAUGAAUAAUAAAAUUAGGGGUUUUUACUGAAAUAUUACUAAAAUAAAACUUAUUUACAUAAAUAUAACUAUUUAUUACUAGAAUGUAGUGUUGUGGUAACUUAAGUUCAAAAUUUGAACAUGAAUUACUGUGAUUUCAUUACUACUCUAUUAACUAGUCAUAUUCUUGUAAACCAUCUUUAUUUUAAUCAUAUUGACGUAAUUAUUUCAUAA